AAUUGGUUAAGAGGUAUCAAUCAAAAUCACUUCCCUCUGUAAUACCACCUGCUUGUCUGUUCGACUUCCAUGACAAUCAAAAAGUCAUUUUAGAAUCCUAAACAAUUAGAAUCAACUACCAAAAACCAAUGGAAUGGUUAUUAAGAGUUUUUUGGACUCUGAUGCUAAAGGGAAAUGGUAGUUUUGUCUCUUGAUUGAAAGGUUAACAAAAGAAAAUGAUGUUGAAAAAGGUUUAACAUGGUGUGAAAUGUGCCAAAAAAGUUUGAUGGCCUCAAAAUAUUUACAAGUUGGUAUGUUAUGAGCCGUAUAGUUUUUCAAAUAUUUUCUUCGUUGAAGCUAAGAGCAUAAAGAAGCCAGGUUGUGAGGGUGUGCCUUGUGUCUGGUUGGUGGUGUGAUGGCCAGACUGUUUAGUGGUGCCUUGUGUGGGAGAAAGGAAUACAAAAAGGGUCCAAAGUGGUUUGAUUUUGAUUGAAUUGAUCUAUAAUCUAAUACUUUUGUUUUUUGGUAAGGAAAUUUAAAAUUAAAAUGGAGGUUGAUAUGAUUUUUUUACUUCACAAUACAUCCAUUCCAUCAUUUACACAUUAAGAACUCGAUCAUAAACUUUUUAUUUCAAAUAGAGAAAUGAUGAAUGAUGAUUAGAGGUUCGAUAGAGAAGUAUAAGAGAGGAAACCACCAGUAAUUUGUAACCCAAACGGUAAAAGUGUCAUCUACAACAUUAGUUAUUAGUAAGGUUUAGAGGAGGAUUUUCGUUGGGACCUAUGGCAAAGACAAGUAUACGUGGGUUCAUCAUAUUUUCAACCCUUAAAAAUCAUUUUUGAUGAAAGCACCAGAAGAUUUGGAUUCCACUUGGCCAUUGGCUACCAAAAAUAGGGCAUCCCACUUCACCAAAAACUGGUGUCUGGGCCUGCUGUCAACCUUGGUGGGUAAGGGGCCUUUUUCCUGGAGAUCCUUUUUAGGCUUUGUAUUUCGUUCUUGGUCUGCCCUUGCCUUUCGAGCAUCUUCAGACUUCAAAAGUAGUGGCAGAAAAUCAGCACUACGGCCCAGUUAACUAGUUAAAGGUCAAUUUGCAAAGGCAGGUGAAAAGAUUGCUGUUCAACUAAGUCGUCGAGGACCUAGUUGAAAGCGUUUGUUGGCAGGAAGUAGCUUGAUCUUUUUCUUGUUUUCCCCCAUUUCCAACUACAUGAUUGCAUGGAACGACAUGCAACUGGUUCAUUUUUAAACUUUGAUAUUAAGAGCCCUGCAGAUAAGCUCCUUAUAUAUUUGACUUUCUACAUAAAUUUGGCUCUGAAGAGGCUUGAGGGCUGUAGAACCUUGGCUGAAGGGACUAAGGCUAUCAUUAACUUGGGAUUGGAAAAGGUUCCUGUACCUGGAGAAUCUGGUUUUCCUUUUCCAGGGCUCUUUGCACUUCCACAGUCUCAAAAGGAAGCAGAUUGCUUCGUAAAACAAGGGACAAAAAAGCACAAUUGACAGCAUUAAACCAAAUUAUAUCAACUAAUGGGAAUUGUCCUCUCUGUUCUCGCCUUCUUGGAGACAAAAGUGGAUUCGAACAGUAGAGUUGUAGUUGUACAUCAUGGGGCAAGCAGAAAGGAAGAAUCAGUGCAACCUACCAAUUUUGCCAAAAGAAGUUAAAUCCUAGUCAUGAAAACAUGUGGGUUUUCCUAGAAAAAGAAUGUAACAGGUCUUGAUCUUUACCGUCUGCUCAGGGACGUGAAAUGUCUGUACAAGGUUAUCGGGCAUGAUUUGAUGACAAGGGUUCCACCAAAACACGCCUUGGCUACAGCACGACUAAAUUAUUGAGCUUGUUGGUGGGUUGGCUAUCGUUUUCAGACACAUCACUAGGUUCUCUUCCCCCCAGAAAAAAGGACUAUAAAAACGAGCAAUGGCCAAUUGGCCAUCCUCGCAUGCCCGGUGAAAGUAUCGGAGCCAUGUGAUUUGCAAAAUUACAAGUUUAAUACUACUAACAACUACAUUUUAGCAAAUAAUUUUUGCAACAAUGGUUGAUGGGUCAUUCUAUUUAUCAGUCACCAAAUUUGACCCAAGUUAACAUACUUUUUUUAUCCAAGAAUUUUUCCAUCAAUCAUAAUAAAUUUUAGCCAUCACAUGAAAAAAAUGUCGUCUUUUCUUAUUAAGGUGGCAGUGCAUGACUGAAUGACAAUUUGUGUGACAAAAGAUUGUUUACACGUGAUUUAUUCAAGCAAUGAAAGAACAGAUUGAAGCAAGAACUCUAGAACAUUGCAGUUGAUGGUGGGUCAAUGUCUUUUUCUUGCUUUUCCGACAGCUGCCUAGACAAAUCUGCUAGAUUUUUCAGCUCGAA